AUGACGUCCCAUAUGCUAACAGAACGUCUUUGGACGACCGGAAAUAGCAAACUAGAACAACUCGAAAAAGAAGUCCAAACAAUCAAGAAUGCCGUCAACCCGAGCCCCGUCUCCGCCACUGGCAUCCUGCCUCCGGCCGCCUUGCCGCUGCCGCUGCCGAGCCCGAGCACUGCCUACCCCGGAGCCGCCAGUGCCUUUUCGGACCACCGGCCGCCCCCCUCCGCAUCAAGGGUGAGCCUGCCGGCCUUGUCUCCCGUUCAGCAGGCCCGCCAACCGGAGCAGGUCCCAACGCCAACCCUCACAUCGCAUACGACACCUACGGGUCCCGCGAGGCAGCCCGCCCAGCCAAGGGCUUUGGGGUCCAAGGUACUGUCUGGGGAGGAUAUCGAUUUUUACUUUGACCACUACUUUGAGCACUUCCACCCUUAUUUCCCCAUCGUCCGCUCUCAGGACCCAGACAAGCUCUACAAACAGAGCCCCAUUCUCUUCUGGACCCUCAUCGCCAUCUCCUCGCGGCGGUACACCCGCGACGCCGGCCUCUUCCCUUUUCUCAUCGAGAACCUGCCCCGCGAGGUCUGGGCCGCCGUUUCGAGCCCGCCCAUCAGCAUGUCUACUGUUGACGCCCUGCUCGUCCUCUGCACAUGGCCCUUACCCUCCAUCCGCUUCCUCAACGACCCGUCGUCCUCGUACGUCGCCAUCGCGCAGAAUGCCGCGCUGCUGUUGGGUUUGCAUACGGGCCGUGGCACACAUCCGGAGUUUUGUAUAGGGCCGAACCGGCAGACUGAUAUCACCGACGAGGAGGCCUGUUUUACGUGGAUGGGGUAUAAUAUCCAGGCUCAAAGAGUCGCCUCAAGUAAUGGUUUCCCGCCCCCGGCCGGCUUCUUCAAUGAAGCCGUCAACAGGGCCGCCGGUGGGAGAUCCCUCCCUGAUGCUCUGGGGUACUUUGGCCUCCUUUACGAGAUGCAAAAGUUUUCCAACAGACUGAGUCGGACCGUCUUCUCCGUCGCCGAAGAAGGAGAAGGCGUGCCGGACACCGUCAUUCAGCUUUUGGAAGAUGAGCUGAACAAGCUAAAGCAGCUACAGGCUCGACACAAUUCUGACCUCGACCUCUUUACCAUCCUAGCAGUCCAAUUCGAGCUCCAAUCCUACUACUUCAUCCCCCUCUCCACCGUGGACAAACCCACUUUCCGCCACAACGUAAACCGCGCCUACAGCACAGCCCAAGCCCUCAUCAACCUCUCCUUACGCCUCGAGUCCUCGCACCGUUUCCUUCUACACGCCCCGCAACACGUCUUCCGCACCAUCCUCGACGCCGCCGCCGUGAUAUUCGACGUCCUCGUCUCGGGCCACGCUACAGACGUCGAGCUCGCCAACGCCGACGUCUCGGUCAAGAACGCGCAAGAAGCCCUGCGGCGGUGUUCCGUGCAGGAAGGCGAUUUCGCCAUGCGCGUGCUGCGCAUGUCGGAGAGUUAUUGGAGUCUGAGGCACAUGAUGCCCAAGCUGGAGGCGCCCAUCUCGCAGUAUCCGCACCGUACGGGUGCUGUCAUCGCGUUUGGGACGCUGAGACGGUGGAAGAAAGAGCUUGAUCAGGCGAGAGUUGGGCAGGGCGGUUCUGGUGUCGGGGUCGGUGGUGCCGGUGGUGUUGCUGGAGGAGGUGGUGUUGGACAGGGAACCGGGGUGGGGGGCACGGCGUCGACGCGUGAGUGUAGGGGUGGCCGGGGGUUCGGUGGAAGUGUUGCUGACCUUGUGGUAGCGGCGGCGACGGAUGCGAACGCGAACCUUGUGCCGGCGAGUGACCCGCUGCAGGAUAUCGACUGGUCGAUGCUCAUGGACGAUUUUGACUGGACGGCUGGGGGUGGGGGAGAGCCGAAUUUCCUUGGUCUUUCAUAG